AUGGGGAGUUACACUAGCGCUGUGGCCUCUGAUGGCACAACCGAUGAAAUGAAGCAGUAUCUUAGCGAACUGCCAUCCCAAAACCUGGAGCCUCUAUGGUCACAAAUGAGCAUGAUGGUACCGCCAUCGCCAAACCCUACAGCAAAGCCUCAUAUGUGGAAGUACAAAGAAGCCUUACCUCAUCUCGAGACCGCUGCCAAAUUAGUUCCUGAGGAAAAGGCUGAGAGAAGAGUCUUGAUGCUAGUGAAUCCUAGCAUGCAAUCACCAUACACUACAGAUACCAUAUACGGCGGUCUACAGAUUGUGAACCCUGGUGAGACUGCGCCAGCGCACAGGCAUCUUGCCUUUGCGGCUCGCUUCAUCAUUGAUGGCGAGGGCUUCACAGCAGUUGAAGGCAAGAAGAUGCCUCUCGUUCGUGGUGAUGUUGUAAUCACGCCCAUUUGGCACUGGCACGACCAUGGAAACGAGAGUGAUAAGCCAGUCAUUUGGCUAGAUAUGCUAAAUCUGCCUUUGUUCCGCUUUGCUCCAGUUCACUUUGCACAAGGUUACUCUGACCCGCGAUAUCCCAGCGAACAUUGUGACCCUUGCGAAUUUCGUUUUCCCUGGGGCCCAGUGGAGCAAGAACUCAACUUCAGUAAGGAGGCAUACUCUAUUUAUCACUAUAAACUGUCGGAUGGGAAACCAUUGUCGACUUUCCUCGGCGUGCAAGCCGAGAGAUUGGGACCUGGUGCAACGGUUGAAUCACAGGAAAGCCAGUCUUAUCUAUACCAUUGUUAUGAAGGAAAUGGUCGCACAGAGCUCGUGACUCCAACGGGAGAGACCAUGUCUUUCCAGUGGCAGUCUCGCGACACCUUCGCAGUACCUUCGUGGUGCAAGGUAAAGCAUGUGAAUGAGUCAACAACGGAACAAGCAUAUUUGAUCGGGUGCCACGAUGGACCAUUUUUAGAGUGUCUGGGCAUUCAACGAAGGAAGGAAUGA